AUGUGUGACGCGAGAACACGUAAAACUGCACCUGCCAUACAAGAGAAGCUCACCAUCUAUGAAAACGCCCUGGCAGUGGGUACACUAGGCGAGUGUGGUAGCGUGGGAAUCAGUCCCACGCUGUCCGAAACAAGACUGGGAGCCGUGGAGAUGGUGCAAGAGGGAGAGGGCUUGGGCGACGCACUGAUCGCUCCGCGUCGCCUGCCCAAUCCCUGCCUAGAGAACCCUCUGCGAAUGGAUUUGCAUAGAGAACUAAUGUUCAAUCAGAAAAUAGGCAAAAACGUUCUCAAUCAAAAGAGCGAGCUUCAAAAAGCACUUUCAAAACAUAAAGAGAAGCAGCUUAUGAAUCAAAUAAAAGAACACAAGGAAACGCCAGAACUAGAAAGAGCAAUAGCUGAAAGAGCGCGACGUCUCGAACAAGCAGAGCAUAGUACGGAGGAAAUAGAAGCUGGUACAAAUCCAACGUUACAGGAGGUUCGAGCUCGUUUAAGACAUGCAGCACCAACGCCAUCUCCCGCAGCAUCCGCACAC